AUGAUCAACUCGUGGUUUCAGGGUGGUCCUAGCUUUAGAGAUGAGCCCGUGUCGCUCAUGGAUAGCUGGCGGGCGUAUGAGGCCCAGGGUGGUGGAUUAGACAUGGAGAGUGGCGAGGUUGCGUCGUCGUCUGGAGCAGGUGGCGGCGGAUCUUCAGGAGGUGCAACAGCUAGCGGGAUUCCCGGACUUAGCUUCGACGCUUUCACGCCGUAUUUUCAGAACGCGUCCGAUUCCGUCAAUGCGACAUGGUCGAGUGUUUCAAAGAACGUGCAGGAGUUGCCAGGAAGCAUACAGAAGCAGGCGAACGUGCUGCCGUCGCGGAAAGCCCUGAUGUACUUCGUGGUGGUGCUGGCGACGGGCGUGUUCUUCCUCUUCCUUGCCUUCUCCAUGUUCCUCCCGGUCAUUGUGCUCGCUCCUCAGAAGUUCGCUGUCUGCUUCACAAUAGGCUGCCUGCUCGUGGUGGGCUCCUUCUUUGUGCUCAAAGGACCCAUGGUGCAGCUCCAGAGCAUGACCUCCGCUGAGCACAAUCUACUGCUCAAUGGUUCUUCACUCUUACCUGCUUUCAGUAAUAUCGUCAGGAGCACAGGUACUUGCACUUGUUUAUUACGUCGUGCCGAGCACGAAGAUAUCAUGGCAGCCAUGGGGUGUCAAGCAAUGAUGAAGUCGUUCCUCGUCAGCACCACUCUCAAGGAUGGCUGCGAUUCAUUUCACUCACAAGCCACCAGCCGACCAGCGUCACAUGGCCGUCGCAGCUCGCCGCGUCUGGCGGUGAGAGCGGCGGCGAAGACGGAGGAUGAUCCGGCGGCAAAGGCGCUUCAGGCGAAGUCAUUAGGCGAGCUGCGGGCGAUGGCGAGGGAGAAAGGGUUGCGCGGAGAUACCAAGGCAGAGCUGGUCAAGCUGCUGCUGCAGACCCAGCCGUCCUCGUCAUCCCCUGUGCAUCCGUCCGCAGUGAUCCCUCCCCCUGAAUCGACGCACAGACCCACCACUCUAGCUCCCACCGCCGCCAGCAGCACAGCCAGCGGGGUUUCCGGCAGCAAGGGCGGCGGCAAGGGCGGGAAGGCGGAGGCGGCGAAGGCGCUGGAGGCGAUGAGCACGGCGCAGCUGCGCGCCAUGGCCCGGGAGAAGGGGCUCCGGGGCGACACGCGCGCCGAGCUGAUUAAUCUCCUCGUAGCCGCCCUCCCCCAGUCCGCCAAGCCCACCUCAAACGCCUCGGUAAUGCCGCGGCCCCUCCCCCCGUCCGCCUCGCCUGCUGCUGCAGCAGCCGCCGCAGCAGCCUCUGGGGACGGCAACGGUGCGAGCAGCAGCAGCAGGGAGUCGGAAGUGGCGGAGGCGGAGGUGGUGCUGCCACCGUUCGCCUCGGACAUCCCCCCUGGCGGCAUUGCCAUCAGCCAAGUGCAGCCUAAGGUGGGCAGUGGGGCAACGGCAAAGGAGGUAAAGGAGGCAGCAGCGGAGCUGAAUCAGGGGCAGUUCGUGCGCUCCGUGCUCAUAGGCGGCUUUGGCCUCGCCCUCGUGCCUCUCGUGCUGCCUCUCGCCCCCAUGAACAGACUCGUCCCAGGCUCGCCUGCUGAACAGCUGGCAGCGCAGCUAGGGGAGGAGGCGACAGUGCUGCUCAACUCACUGCUCGACACGCAAGCUGUCACAGUGAAUCAGCUGCAGGCGCUCAUGCCUCUCAUCUCGCCAGACCUGGACCCCACCACGCGGGCUGCCAGAGCUGCUUGGUUCUGUCAGCAGGUGCCUCCAGCUGCUCGCUCGGAACAGGCGGAGAAAUUCUGCAAAACUGUCGCUCAGAUUGGCAUUCGAGCAGCUGCUCAGUGA